AUGCAGAAUAUGUUUCAUACAGCGUACUAUGUUGUCAAGAAAGAAAAGCCAUUUACUGACUUUCCGGACCUGGUGCAGCUCAACAGUAGGACUGGCUCCAACAUGACCAAUUGUUACUUGUCAGACAAGGCAUGUUUAAGAUUCACAAUUGAUAUCUACAAUGUGGAGAGGGAGCAACUGCUUUCUGACCUAAAGAAUGCAGGCUAUAUCAGUGUGAUGAUUGACGGGGCAACUGAUACUGGGAACCUUGAGAAUGAGAUUGUCUAUGUCAAGUUCUUCAAUAAGGAGAGAGGAGUGGUUCAGUCCUUCCUUGGCAUUGAGGAUGUCAAACACGCACAUGCAGAUGGUGUACUUUCUGCAGUACAGACAGUGUUUGAAAAAGCAGGUCUGGAUAACUGGAAGGAAAAGGUGGUUUUCCUCUGCGCUGAUGGUGCGGCUGUCAAUUUGGGGAAGAGGAAUGGUGUGGCUGCAAAGCUGAAGGAAGAGAUUGGACACCUGCUUGCUAUACACUGUGUGGCACACAGGCUGGAAUUAGGUCUGGUGGAUUCAAUAAAAGAGAAUCAGAGGCUGAAGCAGCUGCAGGAGGUGCUGCAAUAUUUGCAUCAGCAAUACCACUACUCUCCAAAGGCACUGAGGGAGCUGAGGAUGCUGGCAGAUGCAAUGGAGGAGAAGGUCCUCAAGCCUACAAACCUGAAGGGGGCCAGGUGGUUGCCCUACAUCCACAAGGCAACACAGAUCCUGUGUAAUAGCUAUGCAAUCUUUGUGGCCCACUUUGAGGACCAGGUCAGCCCAGAGAGGACAACCCGACCUUCACCUGCAGUGAUGGGAAGGGCAAAGAACAUCCUCCACUACCUCAAAAGCCACACCAAUGUCCAGUUCAUGCACUUCCUGCUGGAUACACUGGACUUUCUCAAGGCACUGAGCCUCCAGUUUCAGCAGGAUAGUCUGACGCCAGGGGAGGCAGUGCAGUACAUUGAGGCCUGCCUCAAUGGUCUUACAGAGCUGUGUCUGGAGCCCGGAGAGCAGCAAAGGAAGAUGUUGGCUGAUGCAAUGAAUGGCACCUAUAGAGGGGUAGAGCUCAAAAACACCACCACAGACACACUGGCUACAGACAGGAAGAAAAUUACAGACAUGCUUACCAAACAUAUUGAGAGCCGUCUGGGAGACCUGCUGUCUACCGAGAGCAUUGUGCAAACAUUCUCAGCUCUUGAUCAUAAUGUGUGGCCAAAACUGGACAACUCAGAUGAGUCCAAAGAAGCCUUUGUCCUCCAUGGACGAGCAAAUAUUGAGUCCCUGUGCCACCAUUACCAGAGCAUCCUGGUGCGUGAGGGGACCACAGUCACUGAGGUGUUGGGAGUGUACAGGCUCUAUAAAAUCUGGGCAAGAAUGCGGAAUGGGCCCCUCAGAGACACUCUCCUGGAAAUACUCCAGAGGUGA